AACAAGCUAAAGCAGAAUGAACGCAGAUAAAACGACAGACGAGAAAUAUACUUGUUAUGGAUGUAGAAAUAAGAGAUGGCUAGACUCUUAAGUGACAAUUUAUCAACGCACAAUGUCUAAACUGCAGAUUUUAAGUGUUUUUCUGACAGAGAGAUUAACAUUAGCUGCGCAGGAAAUAUUUAAGGCUGUGGAAGACAUAUUUUCAGAGUAUAAUGAGGAGAUUUGUCGCUCCAGACAGGAGAUUGAGCUGCUCAAGAGGAGACUGCAGCAGGCAGGAGUUCAGCUGGACUCUGUGAAGCAGCUUUGCUCCACUGAGACUCAAGGACAGAAAUACACCCAGACAUUUUCAGAGGAAUGGAGAUCUGAACACGACUUGAAGGAUAAAGCAAUGCAUAUGAUCCUAGAUAUUUGUACAAAGGAGGAGGAGAAUGAAGAGGACAUGCCUGUGUGUGGUGAAUCAGCAUCUUUAUCACCAUGUAUGGACAUUUAUCACGAUCAGACGCCCAGCAAAGACACUGAAACCCAAGUGAUGGACAGUUGUAGUGAGAAUAAUUUUCACUUUAUUGACCAAGCGGCUCGAAUAAAGAAUGAGCCUGAGACUAAUACUGAAACAGGUACCACCUGUCAAAUACAGCAGAACAUCACAAAACAAGAUUUGGAUGAUUCAGGGGCCAGUGAUGCUUCCAGUGACGUCAACAAAGUCAAAGUUAGCCACGGUGGCUCCCCCAGUCAUGAGACACAAACAUUUAUUCUGCCCCUCAGAAAUCAAGAGAUGUUGACGCAGCAUCGGAUGGAGCUGGCCCAGAUAAGAGAGAGAAUGUCUUUGAAAAUCCAGCCCUGUGACUCUGAGUGUAAAAGUAAGAAAAGUCAACCGUCUGUCUGUCAGGAUGAAGUGUCAAAAUCUGACAAGCAGAAACCCGACAAUGCAAGAUACAGUCAGGCCUGGAGGGAUCGUCUGAAAAAAGACCCUGUAAAAUUUGCUGAGUUCAAAGCUUUUGAAGCUGCAAGAGCAAGAGAGUAUAGAAGAAAGAGGACCGCUACUGCUGUAGAAAUUGAUAAGGAUAAUAAUCGUGAGCGACAGAGAAGAUUCAGAACCAAAAAGAAGUUACAGCAUAAGUGUAAAGCUGAUGAUAACCCUCUGCCACCUAAAAAAACAAAAGUCUUAACAGAAGAAGAGAGGAUGAAGAAACGAGAGUAUGAUAGGAUGAAGAAACGAGAGGAGAGAGAGAGGAUGGGAGCAGAGAAGAAAAGACAAAUUCGUGAAAGAGAUGCAUCGCGAAAGAGGGAAAAAAGAAAGAAGACAAAAAAUCUUACUGACACUCCACAUACAAAUUUUGGCACUAAAUCGUACAGCUGGAACUAAAUCUGCAAAAUGGAUGGCAGUGUUACGGAUGAAGGAAACAAAUUCCAGCUGAUGCAGAAAAGUUGGACAUUGUAACAGACUUCAUCCAUUGCUGUACUCAUUAACAGGCAGCUUUGAAAGCUAGAGCUCUGAAAAAAGCUUGACGAUGAAUAGAUUUUGAUGGUCCACUUCAAAAUGAACUUCAGUCCACAUUUGAAGCUCUAUAGAAGGAUACUGCAUCCUUGGAGAAGCAGAGCCUGAUUGUCACUAGUUUAUUGGUUGCCAAAAAGUACAGAAUGCAACACAUCUCACUUUAAUCUUCAUCCAGCUUAUCUCACUAAAUUAUCAAAGUCCUCAUCCAAUGAAAGUUUACGUUAAAAACGAAGGUCUGAUGUCACUUGAAUGUUGUGAACGAUACAGUUGCUUCCUAUUAAAUCCUAAGGUAUCACAAGAAAUUCCUUACAUGAGGACUGUAAAGAAACCGCAACAAAGAUUCCUCAUGAAGAUCUCUCUACAGAAGGCCUAUGAAGUCUGGAAACUGGAAAAUCCAGAAAAUAAUGUUGCAUCCUUUCCUGUUUUCUCAUAGCUUCAACCUUCAUGUGUUCUUUAUAAGCAUUAGAUGGACUUGUUGUCUCUGUGAAUAUUAUACUGUAGUUUUACUGAAGCUUUAGAGCCUGAACAGAAUUCUCACUUCUUGUAAUCGUAAUCAUAAUCGUUAUCCUAAAGUAUUACAUGAACUUCAUUACAAACCUGGUUAAACUAGGUGAAAUUCACCAUGACCAUGCUAUAACACAAAGGAAGUUUGUCCUUGCUGGAACUCGUUUACGCCAUUCUGUAUGGUGUGUUUCUCUCGGGGUCCUGGAGACUCGCCUGUAUUAAUGUUACUGUGAUGGCUGUAUGAAUGUUGAAGAUGGAAGCCAGUGUUCCAACUCGAAUUAUGUCCUUCCCUGCAAUGACAUACCUUGAACAUAGAUACUAAAAUAGUUGAUUUAUACUGGCCUGUGACUGAAGAAAAGAACACCUUACCUCAUAAUUCUACUGCAAGUGAAGACAGCCAACUUCCUAAUAAACAAAAAUGUCUCUAGAUGAAACUUAAUAACUUGGGUAAGGGCUCCAACUUGAAUAUUCAAUGCACUCUUGAUACUUUCCUUUUCCAUAUUUUUAUUGUAUUUGUACAAGAUCUGUUUUCAGGUUAAAAAUAUAAGGCUAUAAAAUUCUGUGCUAAUUUAAGACUUCGAUAAAGCUGCAGUAGUAAUAUUAACUUAAAGGUGAACUUAACAUGAAGCAAGCAUUAUGAAAACAGGGCCAGGGAUCACUUUUAAUUGUGCUGUUAUAUCUUUGAAAGAAUCUUUGGAAUGGUGCCCUGCUUUAAAAAAAAAUGAUGGCACUUGGUAAAGAGGUAUUUAUUAUUGUGUAAUUUCAGGAUUUGCAGAUAGAAAUUCUCAGGGAUUACACUGUCCUGUAAACCCAUCCUACCAAGUGAUGCUUGAAACCAAGUGGUAGAAGUUCUUGAACCAUCAACUGACGAUGGUGUCAGUAUUUAAGGCUAAUAUUUGAUUCUUUUCAGGUAAUAAUUUAAAAAUGAUUUAUAAACAUUUUUCUGAAGACUGAUGGAAGAAUAGCUUAGGUGAUUUGGUUGCCAUCAAAGUCUAAUGGCCCUUAUUAAAAUGAAUAAAAUUUUACCAUGGCUUCAGUACAGUAACACAAACUGUAAUGAUAAUGAUAU